UGAAGCCGCGUUGCACAGGCAGGGACAGCGCAUGGAGCCGGCGGCGGGGCCCGGCCGGGAUGGGCUUUGCCCGGCCCCGGGGAGCGACGGCGGCACCGACCCGGGCCAGGGCUCCUCCGCGGCUGGACGGACCUCGGGGGCACGGGGCGGCUGGUCGGGGGCGGCUGGUGGCAACUGGAUCGCGAUUCACCCCACGUUCACAGAAAUGAUGUCACUUGAUGUAUCUGACAGCACUCAAGUCUACGCUGCCUUUCUGGUGUACCUGGACCUCUUGGAAGGGAGGAACUGGCACGAGGUGCAGCCCGUGGGGGUGGCAGAGCUGCAGCUGGUGUGUUUGCACGGCCGGGCCAGGGAGCACGAGGGGCUGCAGGUGAUGGUGCCGGUGCCUGCACACAUCCUCAUCAGCCACGAGAGGUUAAGGGAAAUACUGAAGAAAGCCUCUCUCCCUCCACAGGAGCCUGACACCCUGGUGUCAGUUACCUUGGCCAUAGUUGAGACAGACUCCACAAUAGUCUACUAUAAAAUGACUGAUGGCAUUGUGAUGCCAGAUCCUCUUGAUGAUACUGAAGACAUGGACAACAAACAGUUGAGGAAGAAAAGAAAGAAGCUUUUCAAAUGAUUAGGACAGAGGAAACAAAAUGUUUCUUGAGCUGCUGUGCUCCAACGCAAACAAAUGCAGGAACUGAUGUGUGUGAAUUAGUGCUGUGCUAAAGUCUGCCUUGGCAUAUCAAGKAUCUGUUCAGGGAGAACAGAAGCUUGUGCAGUUGCACUUGAUUAAAUGCCAUUUGAGGUAUGAAGUGGGUCAUGCUUUGAGACAGAUCAGUCCUGACUAAUAAAUACAUUUGGGAAGUGUUUUGYA